ACACGUAUGUAUAUACUGUAUGUAUACACUUAACCGGAAAAGGAAGAAAUUGAAUUUAUCUCUGUUCUCAUUUCUUACUUUUCUUCCUUGAGGGGCUAUGUUACUUGUUACUUAUUACGCUGUGCCGGACUACAUAUGAGAUAGUUCAGUAUUCUUUAUUUUGUCAACCGAUGACAUGAGAGCAUUGAAAAUGACUGUAUGUAGCAGUGACAGCGGAUAAAGGCACUGUUUCAUAUCCCAGUUAGAGUUUAUAUUCAUCAUAAUAGUUUACAACGAAGGGCAUGCGAUACAGGAAGUUGUAUUUCAGGGAAAAUCAGAAACGCCCACAGGAAUCUAUUCAACAUUCAUUAUUUUGUUGUUGUUUGAGAUUUCGACUAUUUGUUCACUCCUGUGAUUAACACUAAGAACAUUGUACGUUACUUUGUUUAUACACAGUAUCAUUGUACGGGAAACAUCACAAACAGGAUUUCGUGAAGAUGGAGAACUCUCCUUCAGGGAUAAUGGUGAAUUGAUAGAGGAAGUUUUUAUUUGCAUUGUGUGCAUAUAUAUCCGGUUUUUUUUUAAUCAAAUAUCUAUAUCAAAGACAAUACAAUUUAUUCAAAAUGGGAUGUGCUCUGACUCUCGAAGAAAAGGAAUCUAGGAGGAUCGACAAAGAACUUCGUUCAGACGGUAGCAAAUCAUCACGGGAAGUAAAACUACUACUACUGGGUGCUGGAGAGUCUGGAAAAAGUACAAUAUUAAAACAAAUGAAAAUCAUCCACGAUCGUGGCUACACGGAGCAGGAGUGUGUAGAGUACCGCCCAGUAGUCUAUAGCAACAUAUACCAGUCCAUGACAACCAUCAUACGAGCUAUGGGCAGUCUCCACAUUGAGUUUCAGGAUCCUGACCGUGCUGAAGAUGCACGUCAUUUAUUUGAGUGCAAGAUGGCGAACGAAGGUCUUGACCCAAUGUUAGGCAUCCUAAUACGUCUGUGGGGUGAUGGUGGUGUCCAGACUUGUGUCAGUCGUUCUCGGGAAUACCAACUCAACGAUUCUGCAGAAUAUUAUCUGAAUGCAUUGGAAAGGAUAGGAAAGCCCGGAUAUAUACCAAGCGCCCAGGACGUGCUACGGACACGGGUUAAAACGGCAGGGAUAGUGGAGUCAAAGUUCCUGUUUAAAAACGCACAGUUCAAAAUGAUCGAUGUUGGAGGUCAACGGAACGAGAGAAAGAAAUGGAUCCAUUGUUUUCAGGAUGUUACCUCCAUUCUGUUUAUAGUCGCCAUGAGUGAAUAUGAUUUGACUCUGAUAGAGGAUCAAGACAUGAACCGCAUGGGGGAGAGUUUGCGGCUUUUCGAUUCCAUCUGCAACAGCACGUGGUUCGUGAAAACUUCUAUGAUCCUGUUUUUGAACAAGAAGGACUUGUUCGAGGAUAAGAUAGUUCGGUCACCACUCACAGUCUGUUUCCCUGACUACCCAGGACAGAACAUCUAUGCCGAGGCCGCACCAUACAUCCAGUUUCAGUUUGUAAGCACCAACAAACGGGACAAGGAAAUAUACUGCCACUUCACAUGUGCCACAGAUACCAAUAACAUUCAGUUUGUGUUCGAUGCAAUAAGUGACAUCAUCCUUAAUGAAAAUCUUGAAAGUAUAGGUUUAAACUGAGAUGUAAAGGACACUUACAUUAUAGCUAACUGAAAAAUACUGCCAGAAAAUACAAUAUAUAAAGGCGGUAUCACAGUGUCAAACUUUGAUCCAAAUAUAACGGAAAUGUUACCGUGACUUGUAAUGACAACGAUCACCACAUGAUCAUGACUAGAUUAUAUCUGCGUAUUUUGAUCUGACUGUAUACAUCAUGCUGUUUAUUUGGCAUGCGUAACUAAUCACAUUUAUGUGGCUAAGUGUUCGUAUUCGUUAAAAUGUUUGAUACUAGAUGAUAUAAGUAGUCUAUAUAUCGUUUAUAAGAUUAUAUCAAUUCCUCUGAAUGUUACGGGCACUUGUUAAUUACAUCUUUCAUUACUAGUGUUUUAAUUUUAGAAUGGUGAUCACCAAACCUUGUCUGUCCAUAUGUGUUUUACGUCAUUCGCGUGUCUGAUAGCACCAUGAUCUUCAAAUAGAUCGUUUAGCUUUUAUGACCUCAGACUGGUCUAGGGCAUGGCUAAAAUUAAACUAAAAUAGAUAAAACAUCAGCUGAGGUGAAGAUGUUCUGGGAUAGAAUCGUGUAUAACAAAAAAGGAGUAGUAUAGUAAUAUAUUCUAUGAAUACAAAUAAUGGUGGCUGUAGGUGAUGUGAUAGUCACUAAUGUUUGAGGUGAAUUCAAAAUGUUGCUGUAUCACCACUGUGACCUCACUGUUCGUUUAGUAUUUACUACGUGUUCAAGGAUAGAACAUGGUGAACGAGGUCAUGUAAAGCUGAUUUUAAUCAGAAUGUGCAAACUAAAACAGAAAAGUACAUGACUUGAAUUAUUAGGGUUUAUAAUUAUGUAAGUUAUAUAGAGGUGUGUAGUGGGGAAGACCGUACACCAAAUAUUAAGCUUUUAAAACAUUGUAUUAUCUGCUUUUCAUUAUUCCCUCAGCUAAUGUUAUUUUCAUAUAUUUUUACUGCUUUUCGAUUCUGAAUUUUUGGUCUAAUUCGUACUUUCGUUUUGGUAUAGCUUCUUUCCUUUUUGUAUUUUUGUUCAAUAUUCCCGUGUCUGUAUUUAAAUAUUAUAAUAUUUUGUCAACGCGUUUUGGUUCAUAACAAGAAAUGUGUACAAAAAACUUUUUUGUAACAGAGGUAUUAUAACCAAAAAUUGUUGUUGUAUGAACAGAUUACUUAUAAAUACAUUGUUAACGAAAAUUGAUGUGUAUAUCAGACCGUUAACUCACAGUUUACAAGAAAUGGCGACCAUUGAAAGCUUUUUUAAGGAUAACCAUAACUGGUUUGGUACUUUUAAAAUAUUCGUCUAUCUACUUAUUUUGAAAUAGUAGAUAGUAAACCAUGUAUACUAUUUGCCUAUAUUGUAAAUAAUACUAUCAUCUUUAAAGUAAAUAUCAAAUAUAUAUUGAAUCUUACAUCGAUUUCCAUUUGAUAAGCGACGUAUCAUUUUUUCCAUAUAAUACUACGAAAUUGGAACGAAUUUCGAACACUUUUAUCACAAGGUCGAUUUUUCGGGUAAACAUUAUAAAGUCUGUGUCAAAUUUUAAGCAAUUUCAUCUCUCUAUCUAUCAGAAUUCACAGAAAUGUUUAAUGCCAAAGAUGUUUUUAAAAUACGACUUGUUUGUUUUAUAAAGUUUAGUUCCAUAUCUGUUUCUUGAGGCGUUUUGUUUGGUAAAUGUUUCAUAAAUAAAAAACAAAUGAAGUAUGAAUACUGUUGAGAGUUUGCUGAGAUAUUACAGUGUACAAUAGCCCGAAUCUCGAGAUAUAUACACUAAGUUUUGUUUUAAUGCUAAAGAGAUAUUACUCAGUGCAAUAGCCCGAAUCACGAGAUUUAGACUCUACGUUUUGUUCUAAUGUUGAUGACAGGCAUGACAGGUGUUUAAUCUAAAUGUGUUUGUGAAAGUGUAUAUAGGACCGCAGUGUGUAAGACGUACGGAGUAAAACUGUAUAUGAUCAUUCAUUAUUGAGGCCUAUAUAUAACAAAAACAAUAAUUAGAUAAAAUAUAGUGAUUUCACAUUGUUUGUGCUGUAUGUGUUUUUUUCUAAACUGCAUACAUACGAUAUAUCUAUAUAUAGCUCAGCCUCUGCUCCAGGAUAAUGUAUUUCAUAUGUAUGAUAAACAUUUGUAUUUUUAUACUUAUUGAAAAGUUUAUACCUUUUAAUGUGUACAACAUUUAGAAACAUAUUCUAAGUGUAUUGCUAUUACAAAAAUAUCACUGGCAUAUGAAAUGGAUCACAAGAAUUUUUUUAUCACACUGGUGUGUUGAGGGGUCAUCCUUACAAUUAGUUAUUCAUCAUUAUGUCAAAUUCAAGAUAGUCAAUUUUGACGAUUAUUUGAAAAGUUUUGAUAAGAAUCUAACAGAAAUCCACAAUCGAAUCUCAUGAUACAAGUUAAUUUAUCCAAAACUGAUUAUUAAGAUGUGAUUUAUAUAUGUUGUCCUACAUGUUUUCGGAAAGAUGACAGUUCAAUACACGAUAUUUUCUAUAAAGUAUAUAUAUAUUUCUAAUCUCCCAAAAAGUAACAAAUUUUUUAAAAAUAUGUUUUAUGAGCUAGUAAUUAAUUUAUAAUUCAAUAGUCUGUAACCAGUAGCAACUAUUUCUGCACUGUAUUCAUAAAUCUCUAAAUGGGUUUUGUGUUUUCACUCGUUUGGCAAAACAAUCCGUAUUUGCAACUCGGAUCAUGGCAAUAUCAAUCUCAAGUAUUUAUUGUUCGUUAUGUCAUCGAGUGUUUUUUCGUGUGUUUUGUAUAAACAGUCUGAUAAAUAAAGACAUUUUGAUAUUGAAAUA